AUGUGCGAAAAUUUUGUGAAGGAUAGAGCGGUGGUCCCGUUAACAACCUUAGCAAGUCUCACCAUCAGAGGACUCAAGGCCGAGCUUCUAGGUGUAACUUUGUGCAUUAACAUUAUGGACGGUGAAUCUUCUUCAAACAAGUUUGUUCCCGAGUACAGACGUACCAACUUCAAAAACAAGGGCAGAUUUUCUGCCGAUGAGUUACGCCGUCGCAGAGAUACCCAACAGGUGGAACUUAGAAAGGCAAAAAGAGAUGAGGCUUUGGCAAAAAGAAGGAACUUCAAUGCACCAACAGAUGGUGCAGAUUCGGAGGACGACGAUGAGGCGACCAGCACCGCAGACCAACAGUUCUACGCGCAAUUGCAACAAGAGCUCCCUCAAAUGAUCCAGCAGAUCAAUUCGGGAGACCUCCAGGAGCAAUUGAACGCCACGGUCAAAUUUCGUCAAAUCCUCUCACGGGAACAUCGCCCCCCAAUCGAUACGGUAAUUCAGUCUGGAGUGGUGCCCAACUUGGUGAACUUUAUGAACGAAAAUCAGCCCGAAAUGUUGCAGCUUGAAGCAGCUUGGGCUCUUACAAACAUUGCAUCGGGAUCUUCCGACCAGACUAAGAUUGUUGUGGAGGCCGGGGCGGUCCCUCUGUUUAUCCAGUUGCUAUACUCGGGCUCCGUCGAAGUCAAAGAACAGGCCAUUUGGGCCCUCGGGAACGUCGCUGGAGAUUCGACUGGUUACAGGGACUACGUAUUGAGUUGUGGUGCCAUGCAGCCUAUCCUAGCUCUCUUUGACUUGAGCAAGACAUCUCUUAUCAGAACUGCCACUUGGACAUUAUCCAACUUGUGCAGGGGCAAGAAGCCCCAACCAGAUUGGUCAGUUGUCUCCCAAUCGCUGCCAACUCUGGCCAAGCUCAUUUACUCUAUGGAUACAGAAACCCUGGUCGACGCAAGUUGGGCCAUCUCAUACCUUUCUGAUGGCCCUGCCAACAAUAUCCAAGCGGUCAUCGACGCUAGAAUCCCUAAGAGACUUGUCGAGCUUUUGAAUCACCAGUCUACUCUGGUGCAAACGCCAGCUUUGCGAGCCGUGGGAAAUAUUGUUACUGGUAACGAUCUUCAAACUCAAGUCGUGAUCAACAGCGGCGUCCUAAGUGCAUUGAGACAUCUUCUCACAUCCACCAAGGAAUCCAUCCGUAAAGAGGCGUGCUGGACGAUCUCUAAUAUAACGGCUGGUAACACAGACCAAAUCCAAGCAGCUAUCGACGCCAACUUGAUACCACCUCUCGUCAAGCUCUUGGAAGUUGCCGAUUACAAGACAAAGAAGGAAGCUUGCUGGGCCAUUUCCAAUGCAUCUUCAGGGGGGCUCCAAAAGCCUGAGAUUAUCAGGUACCUAGUUUCUCAGGGCUGUAUAAAACCGCUUUGCGACUUGUUGGACAUUGCUGACAACAGAAUCAUCGAGGUCACGCUCGACGCGUUGGAAAACGUAUUGAAGAUGGGAGAAGCUGAUAAAGAAGCUCGCGGUUUGCAUAUCAAUGAAAAUGCCGACUACAUAGAACGCGCUGGCGGUGUCGAAAAGAUUUUCAAGUGCCAACAAAACGAGAACGAGAAAAUUUACGAAAAGGCAUUUAACAUCAUCGAACAAUAUUUCGGCGAGGACGACGAUGCUUUGGACGAAAGCAUGGCACCUCAAACUGCGGGCAACACUUUUGGUUUCGGGUCAAAUGUCAACCAGCAAUUCAACUUUAAUUAA